GAUGGUGGUGUCCAAUAAGAAAUCUUUGUUAGGGAGAAAUGACGGAGAAGAUACCGCGGGAGAAACAGAACGGGGCGUAUCCUCACGACCUAUCCGUGGAGCGGAAGAGCAGCGCUGGCGACGCUUCGACGUCGACAGCCGUUCCGAAUGGCAUCGCUCGUCCGACAGCUGCGAGUGUCCUAGUAGUGUGUCCGGAAAUGUGUUGCUACUGUUUCGAAGUUCUGAUAGCCCACCUAACAAACAGCCACCACAGCUCCAGGAGCCUAUUUCUAAAGUGCUUCAAGAACGACGAAUACCCACUCUUUGUGACGUGGAAGAUUGGUCGGGAGCACAGACUCAGGGGUUGUAUGGGCACUUUCUCUGCCAAAAGGCUCCACAAAGGCUUGGCAGAGUACUCCAUCACAAGGUGAUUAUCACCACACACACCUUUUUACAGUUGCCUCUUCUCUUCUCUCUUUUCCUCUCCCUCUCAAAAGUUCCACUAAGGAUAGCAGGUUCCCCCCAAUCUCAACUGAAGAAAUCUCCAGACUCGAAUGCGGCGUGUCUCUUCUCACCAACUUUGAGAGAGCAGCUCACUAUCAAGACUGGGAGGUAUAUACAUUAUAUUGUCCCUAUUAUUAAAGUAUUAUACACCUAAUUUGUGGUUCGUGUUUACAGAUAGGUGUCCACGGAAUUCAGAUAGAGUUUCGCGUGUCUUCUGGUUACAAGAUGGCUACAUAUCUCCCCGAGAUAGCUCGAGAGCAGGGCUGGACCAAGGUUCAAACCAUUGACUCCCUCCUGCGAAAGGGAGGCUAUAGGGAACAUAUUACGGAAGAAUUCCGUCGAACGGUUUGCGUCGUUCGCUACCAGAGCGAAAAGUGUGUGCUGUCGUACGACGAAUACUGCCGGUAUCAUCGGAGGCAUAGACCGUACUAGUCCUCGUGCUAGCCAUGAGUCCAUUACGUGUCUUUGUCUUCUUGGUUCUGGGUCACUGUCUGCUAACUGCAUUCUCAACCGACUCCACGCGCCUUCUGAACUAUUAUUUUAUCCUGAACGUAUGUGUUAUUGCUCUUAUUUAUUAAAAUUUUUAUCCCAGCUGUGGAUUAGAGCAGGUUUUAUUGUAAAUCCCACCUGUACCAUG